AUGGAUGUUGAAUCACACAUGCAGGGUCAUUAUCGUAUUGUUGAACUUUUGUUACGUUCUAAACGUUUUUCAUCAAAUGCUAUUAAAAAUUUUCGAGCAACACCGCUUCAUUUUGCUGCAUUACUGGGACGAGUAGAAGUCGUUCGUACACUACUUCAUUAUCCUGAUAUCAAUGUUGUACGAUGGAUCAGUGCACUAAUAUCAUGA